CGCAAAUAUUCAUCAUCUAUUGCAUUUGUAUUCCCGUUGGAGAGAGACGUAGCAAUAUCACAACCAGCACUUUCAAAACACGCACAUACCCCAAGUGUGUAUCAAGCAAUCCAUCAGGCAACACAAUUUGCCACUCGACAUCGGUCCGCAUCGGGCGAAAUACAAACAUCAAUUACCGCCACUUUUCUUCCGCUAUAGAACUUUUACAAAGAUCAUCAUGGGCCCAGGACCUAUUAUCCUAGGCGGAAUAGCUAUCGUCGGCACGGGCUACGCAUUCAAAAAGUUUGUGUACGACCCCCACCUCGCACCUCUCAUCGAAGCAGCCAUAGAAGAAGCCCGCCAUCGCUCUCGCAACCAUCACUUCCCCUGGGAAACCCGCCCUCAGCCUCAUGCCCAACAUACGGAGCACGAAAGCGAGGCGAUUGCGGUCCCAGUGUCAGCAUCGACCACUGCCCUCUCUCCUGCGUACACGACCCUUCGAAGGCGGAGCGUGCAGAAGAAUAUAGACGGCUUUGAGAUGGACUCUCGACCUCUUUCCCGUUCUAUCUCGGGCCCGGGUUUGGAAAAGCAAGGUCCAAGCGAUCGAAGAGGGUGGGAUGGCGCAGAGCACGACCUCUUCCUCGAUCCGCCUUCUAACGAUACCGCCCGUAUCUACCAAGAGAAAUACCACCAGUCCUCUUCUUCUGCCUCUACGCCUCUCGGUGGUGCUGGGUUCGGUGCUCCAGAAAAGCCCUUGCCAGGAAGACCCGAAUCAGCCCAAGACGCUGAAAUCCGCUCUCUCCUCUUCGACGCACCUCAUACCCCUUCUCACCCUGAUCCUUCCCCUUUCCAGGGCCAAGAAGGAGUCCCAUUCAUGGCCAUCUGCCCACCCCACCCCUCAUCUUUUCUUCCCCACCACCCCAACCCCAACCCCAACCCCAGCUCGCCCUCCUACUCCUCCGCCGGCGCCGGCGUCCUCUCAGACGAAGGUACCGCCCCCAGCACGACAUUCUCCUUCCUCUCCCUCUCUCCCUCCCAACUGCCUUCCCCCCAAACGCCAGCGAGGGCAAUCCACGACCUUUCCUCCGCUUCUACCCCUACGCCCGUAUCCCUCCUCUCACCUUCCACCUCCUCCCCUCCACCGUCCACAUCCACCCUCGCAAACGACCUAGCACCCACCGACCUCGGCCUCACAUUCAUCCACCCCCACGUCCAAGCGCCUUCUUCCACUUUCUCAUCCGCCUCCGACUCUGCGUUAGGUUCACUGAGAAGAGGGCCCAUGAGUGUGGUUAGUAUGAGCGAAGAGUCUGAAGGAGGGGAGGUUGGGGAAGGUGGGAGGGGUGAUAGUGAGUGGGAGGAGGAGGAUGGCUGGAGCGAUGCUGGCCGGGUCUAAACCCUCUUCGUUCUUUUGGAAGUUGUUCCUCAUAUGGUGUAUAGUCUAUUUCUCAUUUUGCUGCUGUAUUUUACUCGUACUGUAUCUCACAAGGGACUUACUUCCAUGUCUCUAUCCAUUUCCUUGUAUUGACAUCCUUGUUCUUUUCUUUGCGCCGCACUACUUUUGUUGUCUAUAUACAUGCUCAUACCUUCCCCAAACAUGUCAUACACGUCCAUCGCUCUCUCUUC